CAUGUGGGUGAAAAUUCAUGGCGGACUAAGAUCAGAACACUUGGCGAAUGCUUGGGCAACAUUUCCCGAAACACUUUUUGGUUCACGACAGCGAAUGCUUAGAGGUGUCUUUUCGGUAAUCUCUGUGGUUCGUUUACAAAUGCAUGGCGGUGUUCUUUCUACAACUUUUGCAGUAAACAUGAGAGAGGAAAAGGACAGUGGCGAGAAGCGAAACAAGGGAAGAGAUGUUUCACCACCGUGCUCGCAUCUGCUGGCGUCCGCGCACCUGGUGGCUGCCUCCAUGCGCGCAUCUAGGUACUCCGCCAGGCGCCCCGCCUCCCGAAGAUACCGCUUCUGCGUGCCGCCUCCUCCCCCUCGCCCCUCCUUACUCUCCUGCCCCCCCAAUGGCGCAUUAGCUCAUGAACAUGCAGAUAAGAAUGACAUGGGUGAACAAGACUAGUCACCUACGAGCUGCUUGAAAUGAUAGACCAUCGUGAAACGAGAUCCUCAGCAUAGGGCACACUAAGAACGACCAUGGUAAUCGAAGCCUGUGGGAGAGGAAGGAGCUGCUCACUAGGGGGCGCGAAGGCGAGAAUGGGAGCUGAAACUGAUGCAGAUAGAACUGCCGAGGGCUAUUAUUGUAAGUAACGUCUAGCUGGAAGGCAUGAGAGGGCGCAAGGGGACAAGUAAGGAAGGGAUCAGAAGUGUGUGGUGGGCUGGAGUGCUGGCAUGUGG